UUAUCAUUUAAUUGAUCAGAUGCACGUUUUUAACCAAUCAGAGGCGUCCAGAUGCGCGCGCAGACAGGUGUUACCUGAAGGUUCGAGACAGAACACAGGUCACGUGGUGUUUGGGAGCGUCAGAAGGUUCUGAAGAACUUUAUUCCAGCAGAAUGUUGAGGGGAUCCAGGUGGUCCUCACUGAUCUGAGAUCAGUUUGACUGAAUCAGAUGUAGGUGAGUUCUGCCAGGAGUUCUGCUCGGUCUGGGGUCCGGUCCAGUCCAGCGUCAGCAGGUUCUGGUGUUCAUCACAGACCCUGGUGCCAGAUGAGGUCCACAUAGCUUGGUUCAGGGUAGAACAUCCAGAUCACCAGUGGUUCUACUGCAGAGUCUGUGGUUUUAUCUGGACCAGAACCAGCAGCAGGACGGUCUGCUACCCUCAGAACCAGACACAAGGAACCAGCUCUGGGUCCAGUACAGCGGGUUUGGGAACAGGAUGGUUGGUGUAUCAGGACGGAUCCAACAUGACCGGAACCGAGCCGGAGGGUUAGGUUCCGUCCAGCAAGCGGUUCAGUUCAUGAACCAGGACUACCAGGCCUUGAAGGAGGAGUGCCUGCAGAACAGAACCCUGUUCCAGGACCCCAUGUUCCCAGCAGAACCCGCCUCACUGGGCUUUAAGGAACUUGGACCUCUCAGCGCCAAAACACGAGGAGUGGAGUGGAAGAGACCCACGGAGCUGUCAGCUGACCCGCAGUUCAUUGUGGGCGGAGCCACCAGGACCGACGUCUCUCAGGGGGCGUUGGGGGACUGCUGGCUGCUCGCUGCCAUCGGCUCUCUGACUCUGAAUGAGCGGCUGCUCCAUCGGGUCGUUCCUCACGGCCAGAACUUUGACCGGCAGUAUGCCGGCAUCUUCCACUUCCAGUUCUGGCAGUUUGGGGAGUGGGUGGACGUGGUGAUCGACGACCGGCUGCCCGUGAAAGACGGAGAGCUGAUGUUCGUCCACUCAGCAGAAGGCAGCGAGUUCUGGAGCGCCCUGCUGGAGAAGGCCUACGCCAAACUGAAUGGAUCGUACGAAGCUUUGUCCGGCGGCAGCACCACUGAAGGUUUUGAGGAUUUCACGGGUGGCGUGGCAGAAAUGUAUGAGCUGAAAAAAGCUCCCAGAGAUCUUUACUGGAUCAUCGGCAAAGCUCUGGAGAGAGGAUCGUUGCUGGGAUGCUCCAUAGAUAUCACCAGUUCCUCUGACAUGGAGGCCAUCACCUUCAAGAAGCUGGUGAAAGGCCACGCCUACUCUGUGACUGGCCUCAGACAGGUGGACUUCCGUGGACGGCAGGAGCGUCUGAUCCGGAUCAGGAACCCCUGGGGCCAGGUGGAGUGGACCGGAGCCUGGAGUGACAGCUCCUCAGAGUGGAACUACAUCGAUUCUGCAGAGAAGGACGAGAUGAUGUGUAAGAUGGAGGAUGGGGAGUUCUGGAUGUCUUUCCAGGAGUUUCUGCGUCAGUUCUCCCGUCUGGAGAUCUGCAACCUGACUCCAGAUGCUCUGAAUCAAGACGCCACCAGCUUCUGGACCACCAUGACGUAUGAGGGCAGCUGGAGGAAAGGCAGCACGGCUGGAGGCUGCAGGAACCACCCGAACACAUUCUGGAUCAACCCGCAAUAUAAGAUCUCUCUGCUAGAGGAGGACGAUGACCCUGAGGAUGGCGAGGCUGGUUGCAGCUUCCUGGUGGCGCUGAUGCAGAAGGACCGGCGCCGGUACCGCCGUCAGGGCCAGGACAUGCACACCAUCGGCUUCGCCAUCUAUGAGAUUCCCAAGGAGUUGCGAGGUUCUCCAGGUGUCCACAUGAAGAAGGACUUCUUCCUGCGCCGCUCCUCCUGCGCUCGCUCUGAGACCUUCAUCAACCUGCGGGAGGUGAGCUCCAGGUUCCGCCUCCCUGCCGGAGAGUACCUGAUCGUCCCGUCCACCUUUGAACCCUCCAAGGAGGCGGACUUCGUCCUGAGGGUCUUCACUGAGAAGCAGUCUGAGACCCAGGACAUGGACGAUGUGAUGGUGGCCGACCUGGACGAGGAGGAGGAGAUCUCUGAGAGCGACAUUGACGACUCCUUCAGGUCCAUGUUUGCUCAGCUGUCCGGAGACGACAUGGAGAUCUCAGUGCGGGAGCUCAGAACCAUCCUCAACCGGGUCGUCUCCAAACACAGAGACCUGCAGACUGAUGGAUUCAGCAUGGAGUCCUGCAGGGCCAUGGUCAGCCUCCUGGACAAAGACGGCAGCGCUCGGCUCGGCCUGCUGGAGUUUCAGAUCCUGUGGAACAAGAUCAGGAAGUGGUUGGGGAUUUUCAGAGAGUUUGACCUGGACAAGUCCGGCUGCAUGAACUCCUACGAGAUGCGUCUGGCGUUUGAAAACGGCGGGUUCAAACUGAACAACAAGCUGUAUCAGAUGCUGAUCGCUCGGUACGCCGACAACGAGAUCAUUGACUUCGACAACUUCACGUGCUGCCUGGUCAAACUGGAGACCAUGUUCAAGACCUUCCAGGGCCUGGACAGAGACCGGACAGGAACGGUGGAGGUGAACCUCGCCGAGUGGCUCUUUGUGACCAUGUGUGGCUGAAACUCACAGCGCCCCCAAGAGGACGGAGGAGACGACAACAGGCGAGAGGACGCCGCUCCGCUAUGCUGCAGUACUACUACUAUACUACUGCAGUACUACUACAGUACUAUCACAGUACUACUACUAUAAUACUAUAGUACAAUUAUAUGAUAAUAAAAUUAAUAUUACUACAUUACUAGUAAUGCCACAGUAGUACUAUGCCAGUUUGAGUGGAGCCUCAGUUUGAUUUAAAAAUAUUUAUCCAUAUUUAUCUGUUAAUAAUCAUAAACAUUACUAACAUGCAUGAAUCCAAACAGCUCAGUUUCACUUCAGGAGAAUCACCUGAUCAGGUGAGAUGGCUCAUCCAUCAGCAGGACUACUGGCAGUACUAUAAGUACUACUGCAGACCGGCAGUAG